UUUCUCUUCCUCCACGGUUGAGUCUCAUCCUUCUCCAUCCCUGCCGCCUUGGAGCUCCAGCGCCCAGCAGUCCGUCUUGCCGGCCGGCGGCGGCUCUGGCCGGCGGCGCGAAGCCACCAGAUUCAUGGCCAAGUCCGGUGCCCGUAAGGAGGCCGCGCAAGACCGGCCAUCGGCUACCUCGCCGCCGCCGCAACACUUCCCCGGCGCCACGGCAAGCUCGUACGCCAGCCGCUCUGCACAGCUUCUCUUCUACCCCGGCGCCCCGACAAGAUCCUCGGCCAGCCCCUCGACGCCGGCACACUUGUACCCGCCUCCUAUGGAAUCCUCCUCAGCCAACCCUACAUGGAGGCCGAUGUAUACCUCUGCACCUGAAGGCCUACUAAGUUUUGGACAAUUACCGCCCAUGAAUCUUUAUAAUUUUCAACCUCAGACAAUGCACCAUCAUGAACAGGGACACCAAAAUAUGGAGAAUUUGCACUUUGUUGGUGCUUCCCCACAUGAUCCCUUUUCAACACCACCGCCACCACCGCACUCUUGAUUUGAACUAUGAAGCCGGCUCAUCGAUUGUCCUUCCUUCGGUAUUUACUCAUGGUGACAUACCAGAAUUUGCCGAGGUACUUGAAAGAGAUGCUAGAGUUCGUGAUCGUCCGACGCAUAAGGCUCUUAAAAAUGAUCUGAUUGAGCAUAUAUGGAGAAAGUUUGGGCGAGAAUAGAUUACAUUCAAGUCUUGAUGUAUUGCUAAAUAUGUUUUAUAUAUUUUAAUUAUAUUAAAUUCAUACUAUAUUAUUUAUUAUGAUC